AUGGCUACCACAUACAAUGGUCCCUCUGCGGCUGAGCUGUUGGCCAAUCAUACCCUUGCCAAAGAAAUCAUCGAGCGCAAUGACGGCCCCGAACCUGUUCUCGACUCUAACGAGCUGGCUUUGUUGGAGCAGUUUGUCAACGACCCAAGCAAAGCCAAUGCCAUUCUCGAAUCAAAGGGCCUUUCCACCAAACCGAAGCAAUCGGGAAGCCUGGUGGCAUACGUUAUCUCUCUCCACGGCACCGACAGCCCUGCCCUCAGUAACGAGGAUAUCAACUCCUUAAAGGAGUGGUUCGCGGGCGGUAAGGCAAAGAAGGCUUGA